GUCAGGCCUGCUCUCUCUUAAAUUGUGUUUUCUUUUUCGUCGCGUACGUAUAUAUGUUGUGAAUAUAAGUUGACGCAGGGGUUGCUUGUAUAGUUUUUUUCGUUUAUUUUGCAUUUAGUAAGUUUACGUCGUUAAAAGACGUCGCGUUGCAAUUGAAAACCUGACGAGGACUGCUAUACAUGUCUAUGGGGCUGCUCUACCUACUGUUUUUUUUUCUUCUUCUCGUAGAUGAGCGUCCAAGUGAAAGAGAAGCCGUCUGUGUUGAAGCAUUCAGAGUUGUGUAUAGUGAAUGAAUUUUUCAUCUUUUUCUACUUCAGAGGAAAAUAGUACACAUUUAUUUCAAGGGGGAUUGUUGUUGUUGUUUUAUUAUUACUGUGUGCUGGUUACCAUUGUGCGACGAAGGAUUGAUAAUCUUUUGGAGUGAUUGUUGAUGAGCUGCCGAAACCCACGUCUUGCCUGAACUCGUCUUCGAAGAGUAUAAGUGCAACUGUGUCAAUGAUGUCCCGAAUCGCAAUAACGGACCAACGCGUACCUAAAGUGAUAAACGCAACAAGUACAACUUCCAGUUACAAAGUGCUUCUAUAAACGCGCGUGCUUUCAAAACACAACGUAGUACAAACAAAAAAAAUGAUCCGACGAUCAUUAACGAUAUCCACGUAGAAAUUAAUCGCCCCCGACAAUACAGCGCCAGCGGACCCCACUAGUUAGGUACCUGAAAAAACAAAUUCCAAAACAUAUCAAACGAGAAACCGGAAACAGCGGAGCGACGUGUGCCCGCACGAUGACAUUUAAGCAUCCCAGGUCUCGCCGGGUCAUUGUCGCAGCAACAGCCGAACAGCAGCACCACUUGGGGGACAGCGAGGCAGCUUUUGUUGGUUUUGGGCGUCAGCGCAGUCGGCAGCAGGUACCGAAUCAUCGCGACCACCAUCACUCUAGUCGUCUCGUGGGAUCGACCAACGGUUCGCGGCCGGUAGGAACGAGGCACUCGCUGGCCUAAAGAGCUAUGCCCUGCGCUCCGGAGCCGCUUCAGCCCCAUCAUCUUCACCACCAUCACCAGCUGCAGUCGUCGCCGAGUCUCGGCAGCCACAGCUCGUCGUCGAUCCACCACCAUCACCGCCACCACCACCACCACCAGCACCUCGCCACGACGACGAGCAGACGCCCCAACGGUCUCUUCUCGCCGACGAGCAGCGAAGCGAGCAACCACACUACCAACCAACAGCCUGGCUCGCUGUCCUCCUCGUCCUCGUCCUCGUCGAUAUCGUCAGCCAGCACAGCCGCCAACUUGGCGUCCGACUUCCACGUGUUCGACCGCAGGACCGCGGAGCUGAGCGCCCGGGCGGUUGACUACCUCCUUAAUUGUCACACGGCAGAGCUGAGGCUGCAGCAGCAGGAGCCGACGGAGGAGAGACCAGCGGUGGCGGCUGCUCGCUCCCCAACAUCGGUGGCCACAGCCGUCUCGGCUAGGAUGGCCGCGACUGCCAAGCACGAACUGCGCCGCAGCAGCCAGCCAUCCGCGCCCAGCUCACCGGGGGACGAGGACAUAGCCGCCAUAGCCAAGCAAAUAAGCGACCACGCCGAGGCCAUCUAUCAAACCUGGAAGAGCCGGGGUCUCGCGCCCACGGAGAUACUCAGUUGCCACAGCAACGCCGCGGCCGUCGACAAGUUUGGCACUGUGCUCACGCCCACCUCGGGCCCGGUCGCUUCUUCCCCCGGUGGUCCUGCGACCAACUCCGCGACCAUAGCCAAGAAGCCGCUGUCCGUGGUUACUAGCCCGGUGGAGCUGCUUGCCCAGGACAAUAACAACCUCGAAAAGCUGGUCAACAACUUUGUGGUGGAGGACAAGGCGCGAGUGGCAGCCACGAGACAACGCUCUCCCUCCAAGAGCUUGCCCUCGUCCAUCCAGUUUGCCCUUCAGAAGUUCGAGCAGAGCUCCGCUGGAGCACCGGGCGCCCUGACGCCCACGACGCCCAAGACCCCGACGACCAGCUCUCUGCAGCAGCUGAUCAAGCAGCAGCCCACGAGCUUCGCUAGCCGGCCGUCCCAGUUAAAGACAACCGGUGGCCAAGUCAAGUCACCCCAGCACCAUAGCGAGAUCUUCCUCGAGACCAUAGAGACCUUCCCGAACGAUGUGACGCCCUCGAAGGUGGCGGCUGUCCAGCAGAAGGUCGCCCGACCGCUGGUCUCGCCCACGGCCAACGGCACCGUGGGCUCCUCGUGGCCCCUCAAGAACAAAAUCGUCAAACCGGCCUCGCCGCAGUCCGUCCAGGUCGUCAAGAGCCCGGGGGCCAACGAGGCCAGGCAACCCGAGAACUUGACCAACUAUCUGGACGAGGUGGCGCGCGAGGAGGAGAGGCUGAUCAACGCCCUGAAGACCGGCGCGGUGAUCACCGAAGAGCCCCAGCCGACGGCGCCGAAACAAAAGCCCGCGAUCGUCCGCGAGAAACCCAAGGUCGAGCCUGUCAAGCCGAUCCUGAUAUCGCCGAGCCAGCUGGGCGCCCACCACCUGAACUCGGCCGCGGUCGCCGUUUCGGCCCACAUGGUCAGCUCGCCGAGCAACGAGGUCAAAACCCUGACCAAGGACGAGCUGUCUGCCUUAUCGGCGGUCGAUUACGCCAAGAUGCGCUACAGAGUUGUAGGAGCUCAGCAGCAGCAGGAGUCGCCGGUUCAGGGGGAGCCGAAGGCGCCGAACGUGGGUCCCUUGAGCGGCGAGGCCAUCGUGUCGAGCGCGAGGUCCAAGUUCGAGUCCGCGUCCGGCCCCAAAGUGGACGCCAAGCCGGCGAUCGCCAAGGACAGUGGUGGCAAGGACGCGGGCAAGGACGAGAAGGACUUCAUAGCCUCGAGGUGGGGUUUGAGGCUGAACUCGUCGAGGCAGCGGCCGGUCGAGCCGGUGCCCCAUCCGGAGCUCACGACCCAGCAGAAGCAGCACAUCAGGGCGGCCGCGGCCACCAACACGGGCAACAAUCCAGUGCGGCCGUUCCUAACUCGAGGCUCGGUUGCCGAGAGGGUUCUCAUCUUCGAAAAGUGUCCUAGUGAGUUGUUGCUGGACAAGAGGGGCCCUAGGCAGCCGACGGUCGGUAACUGGAGGACGGCCCAGGACGCGCAGAACAACAAGGCACAGUCGUACGCGCGAGACAAAGCGCAGCCGAAGAGUCUACCGCCCCACACGACUCUCCAGAGACACGUCAAAGCAAACCGAAACGUCCACAUACCAAGGUUCUAUUAUCCCGGGGGUAAGCCAGUGCCAUUAUCGCAGGUCGAGGCAACGAUCGCCCGGAUCAGCGCGGCUUUCCAGAGUCUUCCAGGUCAUCGGGCUUCGCGCUCGCAGUUCCAUGCCAUUACGAAGGCCUGCGAUCUGCCGCUGUACUGGAAGGUUCCACUUUUCCUGGCCUCGGGGGGCGACACCAACGGGAUCAUCGAGAUGAGCGAGUUCCUCGACUUUUGGAAAGAAUUGACGAACUCGCAUCACGACGCGGCCAGUAAAUUCGUGCGCAUCGUGACCCGGGGCCUAAGGCCGAGCAUAUUCCCCGAGGACCUGAUACCCCUGGUCCAGGACGUCGUCGAGACCCAUCCCGGACUGACAUUCCUCAAGGAGGCGACCGAGUUCCACUCGCGCUACGUCCACACGGUGAUUGCGAGGAUAUUUUACUGCGUCAAUCGCAGCUGGAGCGGCAAAAUCUCGCUGUCGGAGCUCAGGCGGAGCAACUUGCUGUCGGUGAUCGGCGUACUCGAGCACGAGGAGGAUAUCAAUCAGGUGACCGCCUACUUCAGCUACGAGCACUUUUACGUCAUCUACUGCAAGUUCUGGGAGCUCGACCGCGACCACGACCUGUUCAUCGACAAGAUGGAUCUCACCCGACACAACGAUCACGCACUGUCGACACGGAUGAUCGAGCGGAUCUUCAGCGGGGCGGUGACGAGGGGCGUCAAAAGUGCCAACGGCGUCCAGCACCUCGAGGACAAGAUGAGCUACACCGAGUUCGUCUGGUUCUUACUCAGCGAGGAGGACAAGAACCACCCCACCGCCAUUGAGUACUGGUUCAGGUGCAUGGAUUUGGACGGUGACGGCUACCUCUCGAUGUACGAGCUGGAGUACUUUUACGAGGAACAAUUGCACAGGAUGGAAGCCAUCGGAAUUGAAACUUUGCCCUUCGAAGACUGCCUCUGUCAGAUGCUGGACAUGCUCCAUCCGGUGAUUCCGGGGAAGAUAUCGCUGAGCGAUUUGAAAAAGUGCAAGAUGACGUCCAUAUUCUUCGACACGUUCUUCAAUCUCGAGAAGUACUUGGAUCACGAGCAGAGGGAUCCGUUCGCCUCGGCCAGGGAUCAUGACGCGGACGGACACGAGCUUUCGGACUGGGAUCGUUUUGCAGCUGAAGAGUACGAACUUUUGGUGGCCGAGGAAAGCGGCAACGACCAAAACGAUCAAUCAUUGUACGACACGGUCGCGGAUGACGAGUACUCGGCGAACCUGGACAUCCUCAUCGGCGAGUCGGUGGACACGUCUACGUCGGCCAUGCAAGUCGAUCGCUCGGCAUCGGGUGCCGGGUACAGGGACGAGCUCGGGAACACCAGCAGCAGGCGAACCUCCGCGGCCAAGAACUCGCACUACGAUAGCUGCGAUAGCGACGAUUACGCGGACAGCGACAAUUGAUGUUGGCCGAUAAUGACGUGGAAAAAGACGAGGAAGAGAAACAAUAGCGGCAACAGCUGAUCCAACUCGCGGAAGAUCGUUCACUCGGAUCAGCGAUACAUAUGAGAGUUUCAAUUGACAGUAUAUGCUUACAAUACAUGUAUAUCAUGUGCAGGUCAGCUCUCACGACCGAGGGCGCUUGGCACUUUUGUAAAUAGCGCGCGUACCGUUUUUAGUAAUAUAUAGGUGGAUUUUCUCUGAUACCAUCGCUUGGAGCGCAAUUGCGGUCCACGUGAUCUCAGGCUAAAGUGUUUUUUUUUUUUUUUGUCCCUCGAAUGAGGAAGAGUGAGGGCCGAAAGCUCAGUGUGCAGUGUGUGCGGGGAACGAGGACAUUUUUAUCGUACAUGUACAGUAGCGUUAAUUGCUCCGGAUCGGGAUGCCGAAAAUGUCAUCGAUUAGCCGCUUUUGUAAUAAGGUGUGAUAUUUUUUUUUUCUUUUUUAAGAUUCUCAGAUUAAUUUUAGGGAAUCGUUGGAAAACAUGUUAGUAUCUACGUUUGUUAUAGUGCUGAUAAUUUUAGGUGUUGCAUAGUAUUGGUAGAAGAUGAUCUGUUUAAUAAAUUUAAGUGAUCCUUGUUACCACAUCGAUUAUUUUUUUUUUCUUUCAGCUAUACUUAUGUCCUUUUUUUCUGUCAAAUACCGUCUUCCGAAUUAUAUUGAAAUAUCACCGUAAGAAAGUAAAUACCAAUUGUAUCAAAUACUGUUAAGUGCAGAAAUACGAGUACUUUUACGUAACUGUAGGUUCAAAGCUUAUAUUGAAUUGACUUUUUUUAAAGAGACGUUUUCGAUACUUUGACAAUGUAUUCUUGACGAGUGCAGUGUUAUAUUUUUAAUGUUAGAGUGGAAAAAAAGUGAUACCAACAUCAAUUGAGGUUCUUCAGUGAAAAUAGAACAAGUAUUUUUAAAUAAAGCUUGAGUUUUUUUUUUUUUUUUUUUUCAAGUGAUACCAAGGUACCCAUAACGAGUUAAUGUAAAUAUCACGUGAAAAUUGCCAUUUUAAAUAAAUUAAAAAAAAAAAAAAACUUUUAUUCUAUCGAUUUAACAAUAACACGUUCGACAAACCCGUGUGCUGAAAAUUGAUGAUCUAUAUAGCAAGAUAACUUAUAAAUACAUACUUUUGAAGGCAAAAGUUCCAAAAUAUAAGACAAAAAAAAGAUAUGAACAAACAAGUAUUUAUAUACCAGUAUGUAGAAUAGAAGAGUUAUGACUAUUUAUAUUAAACAGAAAUAAGAGAGAGGGAAACGUGUCAUUUUGUAACGAAAAAUUGUGUAGCCAUACCGUAAAAUAUCGUAAUCCCAGUAAUCAUAGCGACAUUGCGAUUAAGGCAAAAAGCUUUUAAUAUAUAUAAACAUAUGUAUGCUAUGUGUAUAUCAGUACAGUAAUUUUCAGAGUAUAAUCUCUCGAUAAGACGCCGAUUAACGCGUGUAUCCCAUCUCUCUUUGUUCAAUUAGUAAACCCGACCUUACGUUGUGUAACUUAUAUAUUUGAAAAUUUGUAUAACAUGGAUGCACACCGAAAAAUUUUUAAUGGAUCUGAUGGAGAGAAUCUUUUACUUUAGCAAUGCGGCACAAUUAUUUUUAGUUUUGUAAAUUUAUAGUUGACACUAGUAAAACUCAAAGAACAUUGAUAGUUACCCAUAAUAUCAUUUUAUGAAUUUCAAAGAGAAUAAAAAUCGUUAAAAGAAAAAAAAAAUUUUUAUUUUCAAUUAAAAAAAAUAAAUAAAAUAAAAUCAGUGUGGUACACCAAAAGUUCAUCCCAACAUGUAUAACGUAUCGGUGGAAUUCUGCGACUCCUUGCCAUACGAGACUAACCCGCAAUAGAUUAAUUGUAGAUGACUAAUUAUUUUAUUUUAAUCUCUUCUAUCGCUUCUUUUUAGAGUUGCCAAGACUGCUGGACUUGUACAUAUUCAUAACGUAAUUUUAAUUUUAUUCUACCGAUGAUAAAAGAUAAUAGUAUAAAUCUAGUUAUAAAUAUGGGUAUGCAUACACACACACACAUGUUUGAGAAAAUAAUGUAAGAAAUAUUCUAGUCCAUUGCGUGCUAUUGUGUAAUAUUUUUCCCCGUUAAUUCAUGAACUCGAAAUAAGAAAUGUAUUUGUCUCUCCAAUUACGAAGGUAACAAAUAACAAUAUCGAUAAAAUAUGUAUAAUGAUAUAGGAGCAGAAAGUAACGCCGACAAUUUUGCAAUCAACCGUAUAAAUGAUAUUAAGCGUAUGGAGAAACGAGCGUUCGAACAAGUACACAGCAAAUUAUUUUUCGCAUUGAUGAAGGAACGCACCUUUGGAGGAUUCCCUUUUUCUCUUUUGGUGACAAAAGAAAUAACAUUUCUUCUUAAUCAAACAAUCAAUCAAGUACUUACUAACUUAAAAAAAAAAAAAAAAGAGUACAUAAGUCUCUUCACGAUCAAAACUUUGUUAGUGACAAAAAAAUCGAAAAAGUCAUGUCGAUAUACAUUUGCAUAUCACGUAUAGGAAAAUUUUCAUAAGAUGAAACAAUGUCAACUACAUUACCAUUUUCGUAUGUUUGAUUAUUGUACACGUGCCUGGGCAUGUGGGUUCCUAUUUGAGUAUUCUGUUAAAUUGGCAUUUUCAGUUUGGAAAAAAAAUGAAAAAAUUCAACGUCAAAGCAAAAAGAGAAAAUAAGCCAAACGUGGGAAUACGUAUAUUGAAUUUUUCGUUAAUUAUCCAAAGAUGUAUUAUCUCGUAAGCAGCGACUAGAAAGUACACUUAGGUGAGAUGCUUGUUAUGGUUUUUUACGAUAUUUAUGUAAUGUGUAAAUUUGUUUCAUUUAUUGUCCUUGAGUAUCAACGUAUAACUUAUUUGAUAAGAAAAAAAAAAAAAAAAAAAAAUUAAAAGGUAAGAAAAUCAUCUCCCGACGAUACGCAUACAUAUAUUAUUAUAUAUUUACCAUUGCAUUUGACAUUUUCAAUCGUUAUAUUUAUUGAUUAAUUAUAUAUACCAUAGGUUUAUCGUUGUUUCAGCGUUUUAGUACGCUAAAGUGAAAGAAAAACAUUAUUUGCAAUCCCAAGAGGAAAUACGGCCAAUUUGUUCUUUUGCUUUCUGUUGAUGAGUAUGUAUGUACGUUAUUUUUGCAAUGUAGUGUAUUUGAAAAAUGUGAAGAAGAAACAAUCUUUGAGUAACGCGCCAGUUUUGAAAAUACGUCUUACGAAUGAUCGAAGCAACGUAACAUAUUGUAGAUUCGUAAACAGACAUUUUAUGUAUAACGUGUACCUACUUAUUCUUUAUAAAAAUAUAACUUGUAUGUUUUUUAGUUACAAAUAAAAGAAAAAAAGUGAAAGAAUUACAUGAAAUAUGUACACAUGUGAGACAUUCAUAUCGUUUUGUUAUAUAGUUGUGCAAAAAUUGAAGUGUGAAGUAAAAGGUGUAAUAUAUACUAUAGGAGCAUCUGCUUUAAAAGUCGAAGAAACCUCUAAAGAAAAAAUGAAUGAGCCGCCAGUUAAACAAUGAAUGGACACAAGAUGUAGAUACAAACAAUUAAACAUCCGUCGCAGAUGUUGCCUUUUUUUUCAAUCGACAGGAAGAAAGUUUACGCAUGCGAUUGAAAAAAAACCUAAUGUGUACGCUUAUCUCGUACAUCCGACUCUUGAAUCAGUUACCCAGACUUACCAGAUAUUGAUGAUAAUUUGAUAAUAAUCGUAAUGAUAAUUAUAGAAAUGCGUAUUUUUCACAUAAAAGUCGAAAAUAUUUCUGCAGCAUAAAUUAUUGCGUAUUACUAUAUAAAAAACAAAUGAGUGAGAAAUGAUUGAGAGAUACAAAGAAAAGAAGGUAUACAAGGCAAUGUGGUAUAUGUUCUUUCGAGUCUGCGCGAAAUCGAUGUUGCAACGAGCCUUAAUCUUUCGAAAUAUCAUUAUUACGUCAAUGUACAACGCAUACUUUGACUAUAUUUAUCUUAAAUAAACUUUAAGUAACCCAUAA